UACAUUGAUAAUUUGUGAUCAAAAAAGUAUAUUUACAUCCAAUAUGAUCAUGUGAGUGAAUCAUAUGCACGUUGUUAUGUGCUUGGUUUUGUGAUAAAGAAAACUUGGAAUAUUAUUAUUAAUAACCUAAUUAACAUAAAUACAUAGGAAUAUUAAAUGAUCCCAUUUUGAGGAGAAACUCACUAACACAACACACCUUUCUUUAUUUUUGCGUGUACAAGACACCAAAUAUUACUCAUGACAUUUUCUACCUAUAUAUAUAUGUGUGUUUAUAUAUGUAUAAAGAAACUUGAAAAACAAUUGUAAUGGCAGCUUAUUUCAAGAGUUGUUAUGAGGACUUUGAACCAUUUUGUAAGUGGCAAAGAGGACAAGAACGUGAUAUUCUUGAGCUUCAUCUCCAAGGAUUCAAAAAAGAAAAUUUGAGGGUUCAAGUCAACACCAUUGGCAUCCUAACAAUUAGUGGUGAAAACACUAUUAAUAAUACUCAUGUUGACAACAAUAUUGGUACCAAAAAAAUUCGUUUUCGCAAAGAAAUCAAAAUUGAAAAAGAGUGCAAAACAGAUCAAAUUCGAGCUAAAUUUACCAAAAACAUUCUCUACAUAACAAUUCCGAAGAUCUUCCCAAUAAAUAAUGAUAAUAAUAUAACACUAGCACCACCACGAGCUGACAAACCUGAUCAAACGAUCAACAAAGGAAGCGGGAUUGAAUCAAUACGAGGUUGUUCGAGCCCAUUGGGAGAAUAUGGUAUGAUUGGCAAAAAUGUAGCUUUGGGAGUUGCUGUGGUGGUUGUUGUUGGUAUUAUUGUUGGGGGUUUCUUUGUAUGGAAUUGGACUUCAAAACCACCUAUUCUAAGUUUUGAAAUGGAUCAAAUAAAAAUAGAGAAGAAACCCAACAACGAAAUAAUCAUUAGUGGAGAACGUCCUUAUGAUGGAUCAAAUUCUAACCAAAUUAUGAAGCGAUUUAAAAAGGACUUAAGAUUUUCAUCAAAAGAAUAUGAUUUGAGCAAAAUUGAUUUCAAAUUCGAAGGUGAUUAUCUAUGCAUAACCAUGCCAAAAAAGACCAUAUUUGUUGAACAAAUUAUCAGCUUAAAGCAUCGAUGUCGAAAAGCUCAUAAUCAGAUUGCCAAAAAGAGUAAAACUACCAAAUUUUUGGUUGUCAUUUCAAUAGGAAUAGCUCUUGGAGUGUUCUUGGCUUUUAAGUAUUCCAAAAAAUCAUCUGAGGAUCGAAAAUUACGUAGUAGCUAGCUAGAAACUGAUGAUAUAGUAUGCACAAAAAUAUUACGCACAAUAAAACAACAGUUUCCUUUAAUUAUAUUCAUAUUUAUUUCGUAUAAGAUUUACUAUUUAGAGCAAUUUGCGGCGAAACCCCCUUAUGUUUUGAUUUUUAUACACUUAACCCCCUUAUCUUUAUUUUUGGUGGCAAAACCCCCUUAUGUUUUAAUUUUUAUACACUUAACCCCCUUAUCUUUUUUUUUAGUGGCAAAACCCCCCUAUGUUUUAAUUUUUAUACACUUAACCCCUCUAUCUUUUGUUUUGGUGGCAAAACCCCCUUCAGUUUACUUUUCUUUGCAAAUUUAAAGUUUUAGUUAAAUAUUACCGUUAAAUACUAACUGGAUUACUACUGUAUCGACUUCGAGGUUUUACCGUUACAUAUACAAAGGUGUAUACAGUGGUCAUCCAGUUGAUAUUUAACGGUAAUAUUUAACUGGCGUGUCAAAUUUGCAAAGAAAAAUAAACAUAAGGGGGUUUUGGCACCAAAAAAAAGAUAAGGGGGUUAAGUGUAUAAAAAUUAAAACAUAAGGGGGUUUUGCCACAAAAAAAAAAGAUAAGGGGGUUAAGUGUAUAAAAAUUA